UUUGAAGGGGGUUACACUUUAUAUGUAGUUAUUUAUAUGUGUUAUUUGUACCUAUUCAAACUUUCCCUUCCCACAUAGAGAAGAAAAAUGAAAGACAGGUUUGGGUAGAUGGGAGUGUCUAGUUUGACACAGGUCAUGUUUGCAAGACCAUGAACAGCUGUUGUCCCUUCAUAUUGUAUAUUACACACUUUCAUUUCACAGUCACAUUCAGCUGAUGUCACAGCAACGCAAUAGUUAUACAAACAUAUUUCGUUACCUGGGGCUCUGUUGAACACAAUAAUGCAUUUGGUUUGAACUAAAAACUGAACUUUAUAUAUAUGAGACACUUGAACUUAAUCACAUCCUUUUACGUUUGUUGUCACCCAGUUCCAAAGAAUGAACUGAUGUAUCUAUGAGAAAUCUGGCGAAUCCACUCAGAUUUUAUUGGGUCAGUAAGGUGAGCGUAGUCUUCGUUUUCACAUUCAGGUGAAAAUAAGGAUACUGACAUAUUCGCCAUCCCUUUGACACACAACCGUAAGCACUGUGUAGCUGAAGUCGCACACGAGAUAUUUCGUAGGACAUGUCUUCAUUUGCAGGGAGAAUUAUAGGCCCAUAUGGUGCAUGUCACCAGUUGUCAGGACGUCAUGAGUGUACAAAGCGUCCCCCGUCUGCUCUCUCCUGCCCCAUUCAGCAUGUCACCCUUCUGUCCGUCUGACCCUUUUUCGCUAUAAUGAGUGAAGCUCGUGUGAGUCGUAAUCUGUCUGUUAUUGAAACAAUAGUGCAACAACAGCAAUGCAACUGAAUGCUCAGAUGUGUGAUUAGCUAGAUCCUUGUUGAGAAACGCCACACGUGGCUAAAAAUGGCAAACAACAACAAAAAAAACAUAAAUCAACCACUUUUAUAAAAGAAUGCAUUGCACCAAACCAGUAAAUGGCCUCACAUUUUGUUUUAUUACUACACUAAUUGAGUGUGAUUGUAACAUCCAUUAUAGGCUUUUACACGUGACUUGACCUUAUCUAAGCAUUCGGAACAGGUGAGGUCGGAGAGGACGCUUAUGAGAACACAUUGUGGCCACACGUACUCAAACCAACAGCUUUUGCCUUUUUCUGUUUCUUUUUAACCGGAUUGGAUUCAGACCUCGCGCUCCCCGUCAUUCGGUCUCAAGGCCGCGUACGUGCAACUGCCUCUACGUCACACCUUCAACCGCGAUGUCACUCGGGUGGCAACAGAAAAGCUGGCGUCACUGUUGUCAGCCUGUGUGUGUAAAAAUGGCAGGGGAUAGUUAGAGAUAGUUUGAGAGUUAGAUACAUCCUCUGAUCAAAAACAAAGUGACUUGAUUUUAGUAAAAGCAGCGCCCGUUCUUGAAUCGCUACUGUAAAGCCGGUUUGACAGUCGAAGAGGCGUUUUCGUGGACUAUGUACUGCGUUGUAAAUUUACCGGAUUGUUCGCAUGUUGUAAUGCAAUUUAGCUACUAAAACUGCACAGCUUUCCAAAAGUGGUUUGAGACUACUGUGCGGGUGCAUUAUACAGGAGUGCUAUUUCGUCAAGUGAAUUACUUUAAACCUACUUGUUCAAGUUCGAUCCACUAACAACUACUAUUUUCAUUAAUUGAAUACACGACGAGUCUGUGGUGACUACCGCUCUGUGAAAGCAGAACAUUUAUAUUGCCACACAUCCUGCAAUAAGUCUGGGUUUGUUUGUUUUUGUAACAUUUACUGUCAAAUGCUUGAUUUUUCAAGAGUAACCUCGUAAUAUUUUUCUGCUGUCAGUACAACAAAAAUAAUCUGCUAACGCACUAUUACCUCUGUGUAGCAUCUUAAAUACGGUUAAUAUUGCGCAUGUUAAUACUCAACAGUGACGCUUCGGGCCAUCUGGUUGUACUCUGUAAAUGUAUAUUAAUUGGUGCUCAAUUAGUGACAGGCAAAGGUGUACCUACCGAGCUAGAAUACAGGGAUUAAACUACACUGGAACGCGGGUAUACGGACUUCCUGUAGAACUCGGUUUAGCUAACUCAUUCUGACUUGUCUUACACCAAUGUUUUCUUCUGGCUUUGAUGGAAAGCUGCACAUACACCUACCUUCUGGCGGACGCAGAGACCAAAGAAGCUGUGCUCAUCGACCCGGUUCUGGAGACAGUGGACGGGACCUUAAACUCAUUAAUGAGUUAGGGCUCAAAUUGAAAGUGGCCGCAAACACUCAAUACCAUGCAGAUCACAUUACAGGCAGCGGGCUGCUUAAGCAGAAGAUGUUUGGGUUGAAGAGCGCCAUCUCCAAACACAGCGGAGCUACUGCAGACAUCCGAUGGAGACACUAUCUCUUUUGGGAAGCAUGCUGUUCUCAGAAAGUGUAUAAAUCUGUCCAUCAGAGGAUUUUCACUUUACCUGGACAUUGUCUUCUCUACCCGAGACAUGACUAUAAAGGACAGACUGUGUCAACAGUGGAUGAGGAAACAAAGUUUAACCCACGACUAACUAAACCACUUGAUGAGUUUGUGAAAAUUAUGAACAAUCUCAACCUCCCCAAACCUGCUAAAAUAGAUAUUGCAGUGCCUGCUAACUUGGUGUGUGGACUUCAUGACGUUUAAACAUUUUAAUCAACAUGGAGAAUAUGAAUCUAAUCUAAUCUAAUGAGAAAAGAUUUUUUCCUUUUUUUAUUCUACAAAAAUUUUAUUGUUAAUCAUAAAUGGGGUACUUUGUGGAAUAUAGCGCUUGAUAGAUAAGAGAGUUUGAAAAAUGCAUGUAUUCAGUAAUAACAAAAAGCAAUAAUAUAAUAAUGUUAAGUGUAUGCUCUGUGUUUUGGAUAUUGAAUGGUGAAACCAUAAUUACUCUUCUCUUAGCUGUGUCAUUUUGCCUCUUCUGUGAUAUCUGUUUAUCGGAGGGUAUACUCACAUGCUUACAGGAUCAGGACUGUUUCCAGAGGUCAGCAAAUAAUCAUUUGCAAAUAAAAUCUGGUGCAUGUGUA